AUGUACCAGAAAUGCUUUCCUGUCACAAAUGCAUGCGAGGAAGAGUUCUAUCAGGCACUUGGCGAAAAGGACGCACAGAUCGCCGGCAUGCAAUUGGAAAUACAACGUCUCCACGCCGAUAGGGCCGAGGAUGCCGCCAAAAUCCAGCAGCAAGUGAUAGAAAAUGGUAAAAUCUUUUUUGAAGCACGACGCCUGGAAAACGAACUGCAUGAGUUGCGUCAGCAGAUGAAUCUCAUGGCUGCCAACAUGCAAGCAUAA